CUGUUAUUCUGUAUUAUCAAAAUCCUUUUCCUGACUGAGUGCUAUGAUUACGCUUAGUUACUCAUAUGUUACUUGUAAGUAUCCUGUAUCUGGCCCCUUUGCAGAAAUAUCCAUCCAUGUGCAAAUCAUAUUCUAUGUUUUGUAGAGUCGGCGAUCGAUCUAUGGAAAGUUCAGCAGCAUUGGCCAUAUGUACUGAGUACUUACAACAGUCAUCAAGAUAUGAUUUGCUCUCUCCCCUGGCUUCCAUCGGAUGCCGGCUCAACAAACACUGGUUUGCUAUACACGACAAUUCUAUCAAAACUGACAGACUUCUUACGUUGAUGCCGUUAACAUCAAAAUGCCCUAUCGAGCAGGGUGACCGCUCCAAGGGUCUCAUCAUGGAGCUGUUCCGCGCCCUGCAUCACCCCUAUAUCUACCCCGUUCUAGACUUGGAGCUGUGUAAUGGACACGCGCUUACAGUACUGCCUUUUAACGCUAGAGGGAGCUUGAAAGAUCUUAUCUAUAAGAGUACGUGGAAUGACGAGUACAGCCGUAAAUACGGCACAGCGGGCACGGGGCUCCCGGCGUGGCAGGUGGCCAGGUUCGGACGCCAGAUGCUAGAGGGACUGCUCUUCCUCAAGGAGAAAGGGUUUCCGCCUUUCCGCCACUUACAUUCAGGGAAUGUUGUCGUCCAAAACGGAGUCGCACGGAUAUGUGGCUUGGAGAACACCCUGAUAGGCGCCCAACCUAGAUGUCCGAUAGCGCUGGCGGCGCAGCUGGAGCACGUCGAGGCCUUAUCUCUGGGUCACGUGCUGUUCGAGAUGUGCGCCGGCGCAGAGAUCGACCUCUCGCUCCUACCUGACCUGCUACCCAAUUAUCCAAAUGUUGUGGAGAUAAUAGAGCAGAUUUUCAGCCCUCGCACGCCGAGCCUGCACGAGCUGCUGCUGUGCGAGCUCUUCCGGAAGAUCGACCUUCGCGAGAUGAAGGGAUCCUGCUUACCGAACUUCAGCCAGCGCCUGUCGCGCUCAUGUCUAUCGCUGCUAGGUGAGGUAGCGCGACGCACGCCGGGCUCGCCGCGCACGCGCACGCCGCCGCGCCGCUCGGGACCUGCCUCGCCCGCCUCACCCGCCACACCCACUGUCAGGAGGUGAACCUCUCUUCUACCCAUGCAAACCAAACCCACUUUUAUUGUAUUCAUAUACUUCUGCGCAUCCGCCCUAGGUGUUGGGUUGCGGCAGCAAACGUAUCAAAUCGCGUGUGCUGUCGCAACCUUUCAAAUAUUGCAAAACAAAACCUUU